AGCAGGCCAAGCUCUUCAGCCCUGCCCGGCCCGUGAGUAACAUGAACGAGGCCAUGGUGACCCACGUGUCCUCCGGAGCACCCACACCCACCAAGAGGUCCCAGCCCAGCCCGGACCCCCCCAGCGCGGUGGCCGACGAGCACUCCCUGAUAGCCACCUACGUGAGCCGGCUGCAGCGCGGGCCACGUGUCCUGGACAGCCCGGGCCGGCUGGACGAGGAGCACCGGCUGAUCGCCAGGUACGCCGCGCGACUCGCCGCCGAGGCCGCCAGCGCCCCCCGCCCGCCCUCGGACCUGGGAUUCAGCUUCGAUGCCAACAAGCAGCAGCGGCAGCUGAUAGCGGAGCUGGAGAACAAGAACAGGGAGAUCCUCCAGGAGAUCCAGCGGCUCAGGCUGGAACACGAACAGGCCUCUCAGCCCACCCCCGAGAAGGCCCAGCAGAACCCGACCCUGCUGGCUGAGCUCAGGCUGUUACGGCAGAGGAAGGAUGAGCUGGAGCAGAGGAUGUCAGCACUUCAGGAGAGCAGAAGAGAACUGAUGGUGCAGCUGGAAGGGCUGAUGAAGCUGCUCAAAGAAGAAGAGCAAAAGCAGGCAGAACCCUUUAAUUUGCCUCCUUGCCACAUGCAAGUCCAUGCAUGAAAAACUAAUUAAUGACUUAAUAUUCCGGGCAUGGAUCCAUGUCCUUCAGCCAUGGCAGAGUCUCCUUGAAGGAGCCCCGGGGUGCUGGUUGUGAGCUGACAGAGGCAGGAAAGCCUUGGCUUUGUUGCCCGUUCCCAUUUUCUCCGAGCAGACCCGAGUCCUGUGUUAAUUUCGGGAUCCACUCCAGAGGGAGCCCUUCUGCUUUUCUCACGAUCAGCCAGAUGUUGGGUGUCCUCUCUGCAGCUCGGCACGUUUGCAGUGUCUCUGAACAUGGUUGCCUCUCUGCCCGGGCUGUGCUGACCAUCAGUCCUGGGGUUGGCACUGCUGGGGGGCUUCACUCGUUGUUUGCCACGUCCAUGAUCGGAUACUGGACACGUGCACUGGAAAUUCUGGUGACUGAUUCUUUGUAGGGGGUUGUGUAUUUUGGGGUGACUUUAAAUGGUGAAAACACUUCAGUUCCACGUGUGCUGAAAGUGGCUUUUGGUGGCUCCUGGGUGGCCUUUUAUCAGUGUUCUGUGCUCAGUCUGAGGUGUUGGUGAGUGGGCACCUUCUCUUGGAGCCCAGGGCGUUGUUGGGUGAUCAGAGAAUCAUGGAAUCAUGGAAUGGCCUGGGUUGGAAGGGACCUUAGAGAUC